AUUGCUAGAAAAUCUGUAUGCAUGCUCCGUGUAACUUUCUAUGGUGGCGGUGGCGGGUGGCCUAUUUUAUUGGUUUAAAUUGUAAAUACAAAUAAUUUUUUGGUUCAAAUUGUAAAUUCGGAAACUGUCGCAACUCUUUCUCUUCAGUCUUUCUGUUGUUCGCCGGCCACUACUGAUGGAACACCGCCUCCUCUCGGUCACCCACAGCACACUCAGAGAAGACAACAAUCUCUCCCCCAAAUCCGCAGCCGCCGUCCUCUCUCUCAUCACCAACCCAUUUACUUCAGACUCAACUCUCUCUUCUCUGUUAGAAGCUCUAGUUCUCCGCCUCCACAACCCCAAUUCUAAUUCUGACCACCAGAAAGUGCUCUCCCUCCUCUCCGCUCUCUCCCAUCACCACCCCCGCCUGGGCCACCGUAUUGCCGCCGCAGCACACGCAUUCAUCCUCCUUCCCUCCACCCCCACUCCCUCCCUACCCCACGCCCUCUCUCUUCUCGACCCGGCACAUCCUUUCCAGACCGACCCGUUUUCCGACGAGUCUCUCUUUCUCUCGCUCUGCUUCUGGCAGUGCGUGAAAACAAGGAGAUGGAUACUGAGAAAUCUGAGUAAAUUUCGCGUGAGGCCGUCGGUGUUGAUUACGGUCCUCCUGGGGUUUACCAAGGACCCAUAUCCGUAUAUAAGAGAAGCUGCAUUGGAUGGUUUGGUUAUGUUGAGUAAUGGUAUUGUGGUGGAGGAUCCAAGUCUGGUUGAAGGUUGCUAUUUUCGUGCUGUGGAGCUUCUGUUUGACGCGGAGAAGUCUGUGCGACUUUCGGCUGUUCGCGCGGUCAGUGAGUGGGGACAUUUGCUUCUGGCAUUGAAGGGAGAUAAAACUCAAAGAGAAUGGUCAGAUGCAUUAUUUGUACAGCUCUGUUUGAUGAUAAGAGACACGGAUGCGGAGAUAAGGGUUGCAGCCUUUAAUGCACUUGGAAAGAUUCGAACUGUUUCUGAGGAUAUCCUGCUACAAACGUUGUCUAAGAAGACUUUGGCAGCAACCAAAGAAAAAAAAUACCCAGGCCAGUACACUGCCAAACUAUUUAACAUACCAGCAACUGCUGCUGCAUUUACUUUUGUUCAUGGAUUGGAGGAUGAAUUUUAUCAGGUCAGAAGAUCUGCUUGUCAUGCUCUGCAAAUGCUAACGGUCCUUUCCGCUGAAUUUUCUGGUGGUGCUGUACACGUGUUGAUGGAUAUACUCAAUGAUGACUCGAUGGUCGUACGAUUUCAAGCUUUGGAGACUCUGCAUCAUAUGGCCAUGCAUGACCAUCUCAAAGUGGAAGAAUCUCACUUGCACAUGUUCUUUGGCACUUUACUUGAUAACAAUGGCUUGAUAAGGUCUGCUGCGAGGAAGGCUCUCCAGUUCACUAAGUUGCAGAAGUUGGCAAUGUUUAGAUCAUGCGUCAAUGGUCUUAUAAAGAACUUGGAACUGUAUCCACAGGAUGAAGCUGAAAUAUUUAAUGUUUUAUACAAAAUUGGUCGAACGCAUGGAAAAUUUGUGACCAGCAUCAUACAUGAGGUUUCUCAAGAGUUAGAGCCUUCUUUUGAUGGCAAGUUGAGUUUUGACAAAAAGAGGACAGCUGCAUUGUUAGUGCUGGCCAUCUCAGCUCCAGUGUCACUUGAAAGAAGUAUCUGCAGCAUUCCUCCACGGAUUUAUUCUUAUGCAGUUACACUGUUGGGUAGACUAUCCAGUGGUCUUGUUCAUGUGAUGGACCAGAAUACCCUUUUAGCUUAUUUGUCUCACUGCAGCAAAUUCACUGUUGCCUCUACUUCUGAAAAUUUUGAAGGGGAAUUACUGAAUUUUGAUUUGAAGAAUAGCUUUACUCACUUGUGGAAAAAAAGUGAUGCUUUCAGUUUUCCUGAGUCAAUGGAGCUGAAGAAAGUUACCACCCCAGUUCAUGGUUACUUGCUCAAUUCACAUAUUAAAGCAACAAGCUGCGUUGAAAUUGUCCUCUGGAAAGUUGUGGAGUUGUGGCCAUUGAUAAAACUUCGAUGCAUGAACGAUGUAGUUCAAACACUGAGGAGCUGGAAAGAAGAGCUGAGAAAUUUUUCUUGCAACUCACGGCAUCCUGCUGGCGUUUUGGGUUUUGCUUUGAGAUACUUACAUGUCAUAAAAUUGCUUGGAAAGGCUUGGGCCUGUUAUUUUUCUCAGAGAAAUCUCCAGUUCACUGAGAUGGGAGUUUUGGAGGCCCUGUUGCAUAAAAUGGAAAGCAGACUGAAAGAGAUGCUAUGUAGGCAUGCAGGUCUGAGCAGAGGGGAAAAAUUGCAUAUCCUAGAGCUAAUGCUUGUGGCUUAUACAUUGAGAUUGUCCUGCGGAGUGACUUCCUAUUUCGAGGAUUACAUAAACAAGCUUAAAAAUGUCCUUUGUCUUGUGGAAUAUCUUCAGAAAGAAGGAUUAGUUGAACUUUCUCAUUUUGUAAAUGAGCUUCAGAAUAUAUCCUGUGAAAUUGGCCACUCCGAAGAUGGGUUCAUUUACAAGUUGGACAGGCUUCAGAAGUCUCUUAACCUUUUCUCCCUGAAGCAUAUUGUGUUAUCCGGAGAACUCAAGUACCUUGAUGCUGAAGUGGAUGUCUGUGACAAUGAGUUCCAAAAUCCUCUUCCUUUUAUUCCAGGACUACCUGUCGGCAUACCAUUUGACAUCACAUUGUAUAACAUUUCUAGCGAAACCAGAUUGUGGAUUACAACUACUCUUGGUGAAAAAUCAGCUCAGUUUGUUUUCCUAGAUUUGAGUGAAUUUGGAGGUAGCAACGAAAUGAGGAGAUUUACAUUUCUCUCUCCUUUCUUUAGGACACCUUUAGCAAAACGCUUCUCGUUGAAAGUUUCUAUUGCUAUGGAAUGCUUGUCUGAGGACCAACACUUCAAGCAUUGUAAUGGGCCAAAACAUGAGCUUAUUCACCUUUGCAAAGGAAAAGAAGUUCAUCUAUCCAUGCCUGUUAAAUAAUGGAUAGUGUUCCAUGUUGCUUGGUUGGACUAUUAUGCAGCCAUGUGGUCUGAAUCCUGCUGUGUAAGUGCGAGCCAUCUACUUGCUUAGAGUUUUGGAAUUUUGUCAAAGCCGGUCAUACUGUGUUUGCUGAUGGCUUGAGAAAUUUGUUCAUCAGUCAUAGACAAGUGGUUCUACAUAAGCUGCCUGCAAAUUAUCAGGAUUUGCAUUUGUUUUUAUGAGAUGUCAUUAUUAGUUUGCAAGGAUGAUGAGUUGAGCCGCAAGGAGAUAGCUGGUAGUUUAUGCGGAUUCCUCUAUUCCCAAGUUUUGAGAAAUGAGGAAUGAUUAUCCCACCUUUCAGAAACAUCACCUGCCAAUGGCCCAAAUUUGCCAAGAGCUGAAAAUCUGUACUGUUCAAAAUCAUCUCGAGCUCACCUUCUCGCAAGUUCAGCAUACUCUACCUUGCUAGUUUGCAAAAGAUGCAGUGCUGCAUAAGCCAAGUAUUCACAGAGCAGCAGCACACCUUGUUGAGCUCCACAUGCACUUAAAAUCGUGUGACAUGUCGUGGUUGCAGUGCGAAAAGUGAACCAGUAAAACUCCACAUGGGGGAGAAGGCCAGAAGGAUCUUGAGGCUGUGAUGACCAGGUCAUCAAGAAAUUGUGGGAGGAAUUAGGAGUUAGAACUCUCACGGCUACAUCUCGUCUAUGUUGCGGUAUUUCCAAGCUCUCAAGGGAAAAUAAGUUUGUUUUCUGAAAUAAACACCUUCCGUUUAGCAAGUAUUAUUCUAGAUUUUCCUUAAUGCGGGUUUUGUUAUCACCUAAAAAUCUCAGGUUUGCCAAUGCCAUUUGUUCACUGUCUUUCAUUCAGUAUGCGGUUAUUCAUCUUAGAUUAGUGCUUUUUAAUUUUGAGAUUUCUCAGUUACUGUUGUGCAAAAGAGAGAUCGGAUUUCUUAAGCAAUUUUAUCUAGGUUGAAGGCGAAAAAAUAUUACUCUAUAUUACAUUUCCAGAACAAAAAUAAGAGGAGGGUAACACACCAGAGUUCAUCUUUCAGUACCCGUGUCCAAAAAAUCCAGUUCUAAAUUUUGGUGUGGGUCAUUUUCUGACAACUCGGAUUAACAUCAGAUUCACAGAGAAGGUUCGAGCUCCAUCCAACCGACUUCACAUCUUUGAUUAACAUCAAGGGUUGAGUAAAACUUUCAGAGUUCUUCUUUCUGAUGAUUUAGAACUUCCACAGUUCAAUGGACUAUUGAUGGUUCAAAUGCACCAUUAAGCUGUCAAGAGAAGCAGUCCCGUAUAGGUAGAUCAGACAAUCUUGAGCCAGCAAAAUUCUCAUGGUCACUGGGGUUACAGAUUGAUGAAUAAACACAAGCACACAUACAGCCCUUAUUCUGAGAAAUAUAUCCCGUCCACCAAAUAAUACUGUUAGCCCUUCUAAAUAUGAAAACAAGGACCCAGCAAAGCAAACAAUGUUAAGUUGCAGAAAUCAAACUAAAA